AUGGAUCUCAUAGAUCUCUAUCAUGCACAUGACCACGACUUUGCAUCCACGAACACGGCCGACGACGAGAAGGUUUCUGUGCAUAGGAUGGCAAACGACGGAGAGAAGUCGCAAGAGUCCACGAAAAUGAAGAAACCGCGAUUUGUGCCGUGGGAACCGUAUAGAGCCGCUCCGAGUGCUGAUAGAAAAGGUGAGCCACCAGUAGGCAUACCGAAACUGAUACCAUAUUCGAUGAAUUUACUCGACGAGAAUUUUAACAAACGCGAUGUGAGUGGCGAACAAUUAGUUGACACUCGAAAGAAUCGUUCGAAGGAAGAGGAUCGUACUCGGUCCGAAAAGGAGAUGCUUCUAGAGAAGGAGUUGGCCGAGGUUAAGUCCGAAUUAGACAUAGAGCGCAAGCUCAAUGCCGAAUUGAAACGUCUAAUGGUGGCAACAAUUAGUGACGAACUGCAAGGACAAGUUGAAGCGCUGACCGAGGAUAAAAUUCGUUUGGCGCAUCGAGUUGAAGAAUACGUAGAGAGGCUGACCCACGAGGACGAACAAGUCGAUCAGCUGCUUAUUGAUCGAGAUGUAUGGAAGUGUAAAUUCCUUGCGCAGUCGAUUCGAACGGACGAACUCAAUUUUCGUUCAGAAUUCUUACUCGGUAUGCUACGUGACGCACAACGAAUCGUAAGGGAAAUGUGGUACGUUUUUCUCUUUCCUUCUAGAACGUAUGUGGCUAUUAUCUAA